CCUCCCCUCCCUCCCUCCUUCCUCCCUGUCCUCCUCCUUCCCCUGCUUCCUCCAAAAUGCGUGGCCGUGUGGCCGAGCGAAGCCAGACGCCCCGAGCGGCUGACGUGGCUCGCCCCCCUCCGUCCCCCAAGCGAUUCGCCAGGUGCGACCGUCCCUCUUUGGCCGUCUCGGCGCCAGACUUCAGAGGAGCAGAACCUGCCGAAGCCGAUGCCCAUCCCUCGUCCUCACCUCUUCGGGCCUCCUGGGGACCCCCCGCCGCCACGGCCGGAUCCGCCUCGCACCCCUUGCCAGGACGCGCCCGGGGAGAACCUCUGAGGAGUAGCCGUAUGGGCACCGCUCUGUUCCCCGCGAGCCAUUCUGGCCCAGGCACGCGCUUACACCUACUACUUCGCUUACGCCACUAGCUUUCGUCGCGCCUCGGCGCACCUGCGCUUGAAGCCAGCUGCAAUGUCGCCCCGCCAGCUUGCAGCCCUGCUCGCCGCGCUGCCCGUGCCCGCGCGGGCCCUCUUCGGCCUACUCUCGGGCGGAGAGCCAGGCGACGCAUCCAUGCUGCAGGCAGCGGCGGAGUUGGAGGCAGGCAGCAAGCCGACGGUCUCGGUCUCGGCCUCGACCCUCUCGACGGAGGAGAGUGGGAGGAGGUCUUGGACGCCACCUACGAGAAGAAGUUCUCGAUCGAGGUGAACAUGACUGCCGCCCGCGAGGGCAUGCCACUCGGAGCGGAGCUGGGGUGCCGAUCGGACCACGAUCCGCUUGUCGUUCUGAAGAUGCGCGAUGUCGGCCUGGUGCGGGAGUGGAACUGGGCGCACCCAGACACGGCCGUUCAGGUCGGCGAUGAGUUCGUCAAGGUAGGCGACAUGAAAUGGAAUCGCCAGAACGAUAUUUUCAUGGAUUACCUCAAGGAGAAGCUCAGGUCUGCGAGGGAGCAGGGAACGACGAACCCCUUGCAGCUUGGCUUCAGGCGCCCCUGGAAGUCGGCGCCGUCGUCAGAGGGCGCGACGCGAGAGGCCACCGCUGACGUUCCGCCCCAGAGCCUUCUUCGAGCUGAUGCGCAGAUUGCUACGACUUCAGAAGAAGAAGGAGAAGAAGAAGGGGAUGGGGCGGACACGACUUCGGAAGAAGAGGAGCUCCUGGAUGGCAUGCAGCUCUUCGGCUUCUUGACCCAGGCUCCAGCACCAUCGCAGCCGGCUCCGUGACUCUGAGCAGGAUUCCUCCUUCCCCCCUCCCCGUCCCCCGUCCUCCUCCUCGCCGCUUCUGGGCACCCCGCCUUUGUCCGGGCAGCCCGCCCGACGACCCCCCUUCGCCCGCGCAGGCCCGGUGCCGCCGCCGCCCGCGCGACCUCAGCACUGCCGUGCCGUCCGCCCGGGCUCCCCUGCAGAGGAGCUGGCCUGGCCGUGCCGGGCAUCGGCGGGGCGGCCGGUGGGCCGGACCCCGAGAGCCUGGCGUCGCGAAGGGAGGCCCCCAGGAGGCCUCAAGAGAGCUUCAGGAGGCUUCCUCUCUUCUUCCUCCUCCUCCUCCUCCUCCUCCUCCUCCUCC